CAAUAACUCAUUUCAUUUCCUUUCCUUUCAUAAACCAUAUUUCACCCUCUCUCUCUCUAGAAUUGUUCGAAAAAAUGGACGUAAGCAGCAUAGAUGAAAGCACAACUAGUGAAUCCAUUUCGAUCAGCCCGCCGGCGGCGGAGAAGCUCUGCCGCGUGGGCAGCGGGGCGAGCGUGAUCAUCGACGCGGCGGAGAGCGGCGUGGAGGCGGAGUCGCGGAAGCUGCCGUCGUCGCGGUUCAAGGGCGUGGUGCCGCAGCCGAACGGGCGGUGGGGCGCCCAAAUCUACGAGAAGCACCAGCGCGUGUGGCUCGGCACCUUCAACGAGGAGGAGGAGGCCGCCCGCGCCUACGACACCGCCGCCCAGCGCUUCCGCGGCCGCGACGCCGUCACCAACUUCAAGCCCCUCUCCGAGCGCCACCACGACGAGGCCGCCUUCCUCAGCUCCCACUCCAAAGCCGAGAUCGUCGACAUGCUCCGCAAGCACACCUACGGCGACGAGCUCGAGCAGAGCCGCCGCCACCUGGGCGACCGGAGGGGCCGCGGCCCCUCCUGCUCGCGCCCGGACAAAGCCCCCGAGCAGCUCUUCGAGAAGGCCGUGACGCCCAGCGACGUCGGGAAGCUGAACCGCCUCGUCAUCCCGAAGCAGCACGCGGAGAAGCAUUUCCCAUUGCAGAGCGGGAACAGCUCCAAAGGAGUUUUGCUCAACUUCGAAGACUCCGGCGGUAGCGUUUGGAGAUUUCGGUAUUCCUAUUGGAAUAGCAGCCAGAGCUACGUGCUGACCAAAGGGUGGAGCCGUUUCGUCAAGGAGAAGAAUUUGCGGGCCGGCGACAUUGUCACUUUCGGGCGAUCCACCGCCCCGGAUAGGCAGCUUUACAUAGAUUUUAAGGCCAGGAAUAAUAGCGGGCCGCCCCCCGCGAUAGUGAGGCUGUUUGGUGUGAACAUAUCGGAGGUCCCGUGCGGUGGGAAGAGGAUGAUGGAGAUGGACAUGUUCGGAUUGAAAAAUGCUAACAAGAAACAAAGGAUUAUUGAUGCUUUGUGACCAAGAUUUACUAUUUUUUUUACUAGUUAAUUUCUAGGUGUAUUUUGUUGUGUAAUCACUAUUGUAGAUUGUUAAUUAUGUUGGUGCAAGUUGCAGGGAAAAAAUGUUUGUAAAUGUACAGUAGUCAGACACGAGAAAAAAGGACUGGUAGAUGAAGAGAACUUAGGUGGAUAUGAAAUUUGAAAACUUAGUAAUAUUACUAUGAAAGAGAUAUGUUCUUUUCACA